UAGCUUCGUAUCCUUCAUCUUCCAUGAGCUCUGCUGUUGUUCAAGCAUUGUUUGUGCCAGGUGCACUUGCAGGUUUAUUAAAAGGAAAACCCCAAGAAAAAAUACCGGAACCCGUCCACAGAGAAGAUCCAGUGAUUGAAGAAAUGAAUGACUCGUCAAGUUCUGGGGAAGAGGACCAAGCGAUGGUAGGCUGGCUAGGCGAGAAACGACGAUCGGGAAUGAAACUUGUGUAUGGGCUUUUGGGUGGAAAUACAGGUAGUGCUGCCACCGCAAUCGAUAAUUACUAUGAUGACGACGACGAUGACGAUGAAGAUGAAGAAAGAAAAGAAGGAACAUCAAGGCAAGGAGAACCUCUGGAUGAGAGAACAAGAGCCAAUUUCCGAAAAUAUUUUGUAUUACCAGAAUCAGAGAAGCUUUAUGCAGUAUAUCGAUGUUAUUUGAUGAAGACUUUGCCAUGUUAUGGAAAGUUGUAUAUUUCAUCAAAUCAUCUUUCGUUUAAUUCAAAGGGGUUUGCUACCAAAGCAAAGAUUAUCAUUCCAUUUCAAGAUGUGCUUCGAAUCCAAAAGAUUCACAGUAGGGGUUAUAUUUUUCAUGCUCUCAGUAUCCUCACACAGAAAAAGAAAGAGAUAUUCUUGGAGUUCUCCCUUCUAUCCAACAGAAACAACUGUUUCGCAAAAUUAUUCUUACAACACAAGUGGGUGCUCGAAAAUCGUACAAGUGUAGGAGACGAAGAACAAAACAUGAAAGACUGGGAAGCAAGUCUUCUGGAUAUUGAUCAAGAGGAAACUGCAGGACAUAUGGAACCUCUGGAACAAGCUGGAUUACCAAUAUUGUCUCAUAAAGCAGUGACGCUUGUUCCACAUAGAGAGCCUGAGAAACCACUCCACAUCACUUGUAUUACUAUUGGCACACGUGGCGAUGUUCAGCCUUAUAUUGCCUUGUGUAAAGGCCUAAUGAAACAAGGACAUACUUGUAGGAUUGCUACUCACGACGAAUUUAAAGAUUGGAUCGAAGAGCAUGGUAUUGAGUUUCGCUCAAUUGGAGGAGAUCCCGGAGAGCUUAUG